AAGGUGGUGCAGUUUUUGUUUGGGGCUGAGGGCUUUUUAAAUCGUUUUGGGUUAAUUUCGAUGCUAUGUUUUGUGGUUUGCUGAAUCUGUUGUUCGCCUCUUGGCUGCUUCACCUGCGUUUCUUUCCUGCUGCAUGCUUUUAGGGCUUUUCCUCUUCGCCCUUUUCACAUUCUAUUUCCCUUUCUCAAACAACAAUACUUAACUCUUCCUCUCAAUCUCAUUCCUUGCUUUCGCUUUUCUCCCGCAAGAACCCUAAUUCCCAAAUCCGCCUAUCUAAAUUACCUACUCUCGCUGCUUCUCUGCAUUCUUUGGUCUUUGCUUCUUCUGCUCCUCCAUUCCGAUUGCAAUUUGUUGGUCCUUCGUCUCUCACCUAGUCAUCCCUCUCCAUUCAGAUUUCCUAGUUGAAUUGGAUUGAAGGGAAGUAAAGCUGGAACUGAGCAACCUACAGAAUUACUCAAUCGAGAUCCCAUAAACUUGCUAUAUUUGUCUCUCCAAUCUCUCGAACUGUAAGAAAACAACCAUGGACAGACGCAGAAACACCACCAGGCCUGUGACCUUGUCUUCCACUGCCACCACCACCAUAACAAUUGGAAAUUCUGACCCAUCAUCCUCUUCUUCUCAGCAAGAACAACAGCAACCAGAAGUACUGUUCCUUCCCCUCAAUCGCAAGAAGAAGAAGGUCACAUGGAAAGAGGACACUGUAGAUAAUGAGUUCAUGCAGAAGAAGAGCUCCAAGAAGUGUUGUAUCUUCCAUAAGCAGAAGCCCUUUGAUGAAGAUGAUAGUGAUGAGGAUGAACAUGAAUCUGAUAAACACCCUCGUGACAGUGGGUUUUGUUGUAAGAAUCAUGAUGAAGCUGGCCCAAGUAGUUAGUGAUCCUGAUUGAACAGAGCGGUCACUAAUGAAAUAGGAACAUAUAUUUUGUAGCAUAUGUGUUUCUAGAAUUCAGUCAACCCUAAGUCUGUAAGUGUGAGGAAUUAUUUACUCAUUCAACCCUCGUGACAUUGGAAACUGAGGAAUGUUCAGUUUAAACUCGUGUAACAAAUAAUUUCCUUAGUUUAUUUUGGAAAACGUUUAAUUUAUUUAAUCUGAGCAAUAUUAAUUAG